ACUCUAGCUGCAGUCAGUCGGCAUUCGAUCACGGUCGGUUAUCGUCGUUUUCGUCGUCGUUGUCUCCGUUAGUCCGCCCGGUACUUCGGCGUCCGGCCCGGUUCGAUACAAAUUUUUUCACCGCUCUCAUGCUCUGUCGUUUAGUAGGUCUUUUGGGGGAAGGAAAAUAUUCAAAAAGUUUUUACCCCGUUGCACAUAUCGCGUUAUACCUUCACUAUUGAGAGUAACAUUUCUAAUAUUUAUAUAUACAUCUUACGUGAUCGUGUGUGCCUCGAGGAGAUAAUAUAAUAUGUGUAUAUACACAUACAUGUUAUAUAAAGUUUGAAAAUAAUAAUAGUAGGUAUACGAUCAGCGAUUUGUCGACUCGCGUGUGAUCGCAGCUAUACUCAGGAAAUAAUAUUGUUUGAUGGUGUGCUAGACGCGCUCGACUACGCGUUCCUUACCGGUAAAAGGCCGCCCUCGCGCGAUGGGGGCCGGAAAAAUGCGUAGGAAAGUCAAGCUGCUAUUGAUUUUCUUGGCGUCGUGGAUGUUUGUGGUCGUGUACUUGAUACAGUCCGGUUCAAGGGACACCAAGCAGCCAGAAGAGAAUAGAGCGUUACGGCUGAAAAGCGAUCGAUACGCUUUAAUGUCUGUCGACGAUCCGUCGAUCAACAGGCACAUAGAUAGUUCGCCAAGUUCUCUGACCGAUGGCCAGGCAGAACUCUUUACGCCUUUUUCAACAUUAAGCAGUUAUCUGGACGAGGUUGCGUACGUGGCCGCCGGUGGUCUCAAACACGGCGACGAUGCGUAUUCGCGUAACAAAUUCAAUCAACUGGCGAGCGAUAGCCUGCGCAGCAAUCGGCCAGUGCCCGAUACUAGAAACACACAAUGUUUAGCUAAAAAAUAUCGCAUUGAUUUACCCGAGACAAGUGUCAUCAUCACGUUUCAUAACGAAGCAAGGUCUACUCUUUUGAGAACAGUUGUCAGCGUUUUAAAUAGAAGUCCUGAGCAUUUAAUCAAAGAAAUAAUUCUUGUGGACGAUUUCAGUGACGACAGUACCGAUGGACAAGAACUAUCAAAAAUACAAAAAGUGAAACUCAUUAGAAAUGAACAAAGAGAAGGGUUAAUGAGAUCUAGAGUUCGUGGUUCAGAAAUUGCGACAGCACCCGUCCUUACAUUUUUGGAUAGUCAUGUAGAAUGUAAUGUGAAUUGGCUAGAACCACUAUUAGAUCGUGUAGCGGAAGACCCGACUAGGGUGGUGUGUCCAAUUAUCGAUGUCAUCAAUAUGGAUAACUUUCAAUACAUAGGAGCUUCAUCAGAACUUAGAGGUGGAUUUGAUUGGAAUUUAGUGUUUAAAUGGGAGUAUUUAUCAAAAGAAGUCAGGUCACAACGUCAAAAAGAUCCAACUUUACCAAUCAGAACUCCAAUGAUCGCCGGCGGUUUAUUUGUGAUGAACAAAGAUUAUUUCGUAAAACUUGGAACAUAUGACAAGGAAAUGAACAUUUGGGGUGGUGAAAAUUUAGAAAUAUCAUUUAGAGUGUGGCAAUGUGGUGGUAGCUUAGAAAUCAUCCCUUGUUCCCGCGUUGGGCAUGUGUUUCGAAAGAGACAUCCUUAUUCAUUUCCGGGAGGUAGUGGCAAUGUUUUCGCCCACAACACUCGUCGAGCUGCUGAAGUAUGGAUGGACCAGUAUAAAAGAUACUAUUACAAUGCCGUGCCAUUAUCUAGAACGGUCCCAUUUGGAAACAUAGCAGAUCGAUUGGCAUUGAAAAAAAAACUCGGAUGUAAGCCGUUUAAAUGGUAUUUAGAUAAUGUUUAUCCGGAACUUAAAUUGCCAGCAACUGUAGACGUGUUCGUGGGCAGUAUAAGACAGGGCUACAUGUGCUUAGAUACAUUAGAAAACCAAAUCGGAAAAACUGCAGGUAUCUUUCCGUGUCACGAUUACGGUGGAAAUCAGGAAUGGACACUUACAAUUGGUGGAUCAAUUAAGCAUGAUACAAUGUGUUUAUCUCCGACAGAUUAUUCAGCCAUGAGUUUAUUAGUUAUGAAACCCUGUGACUCUUCGACUGACGAAUGGAAAUACGACGAAAACACUAAACAAUUAAGACUUAAAUUUGUUAAUCUGUGUUUGGACACGCUUGGAAUACAUGAAAUGAUAAGUAUUAAUGUGUGUGAUAAUCUUAAUUCAAAUCAGAAAUGGGAAUACUUGGUUGCAGCAGGAAUCGAUAAUAAUGUUUGAAUCUUACAAAAUGGUAAUAACAGAAUAAUAUUAGUAAUUGUUUAUUGAUUUCCAAAAUCAAAAAUAAAAACUACUUAAAUGAAAAUCCAAAGAUCAACAUUGUAUACAUUACUCAGGGAAGACAUCAAAUAAAUACCUAAUUAAGCUAUAAUGAUGUUUAAAAUUAUUAAAUUAUACAUUGUACCUACAAUUAAAUUAUUACUAAUAUUGUACUGUGAUAAAUGUUAAAACGAAUAGCUUUGAGUUAUCUUAUUACCUAUCCACCUAGGUAUAUAAGAUUAUAUACGUUAGGGUUAGACGUAUAGAUACAUACAGUUAUCAUACAUAUACAAUAUUUUAGUCUUAAAGUCAUUUUAAAUUUAUCGAAAACCUAUAAGUAUUAGUACUUUAAUAUUAAGAUAAAUUUUUAAGUAGGUGUACAUUUAUAUCUUACAAUCCUAUUUAUAAAAAUAUAUGAUAUUGUGUGUAUAAUUAUUUUAAAUUUUAAUUUAGAAAACGUCAAGAUAAAAAUAGUUUUAUUUGAAAUGUAAAUAUAGUAUUGUUAAUUUUUAAUUUUUUGACAUUUUUAUACAAUUUUUUUUGUGUUAUUCUAUUUUUAAGCAUAAUCAUGAUUAUUUUAUAUGGUUUAUAAUGUAUCCUUGUAAAAUACUUUAUAAUUGAUAAGGCUGUGAUUUAAAUCUUACCAUGAUUAUUAAAUGAUAUGUACUUAUUCACUAUUGUAAAUAUAUAAUUUUAUUUUAACAUUCAAUGUUCUAUUUUGAGUGAUCAAGUCUAUAUUAUUAGUUAUUACUGUACAAUUAGCCAAUUAUAGGUAGGUAUAUGUAUCUAUAAUCAAAGACUGCGGUUAAUUCAUAAUGUACAUAUAAUUUGACAUGAGUGUUAUUUUAAUUUUUUUUAUAAUUAAACGUUUUAAUUUAAUAAUAUUAUAGAUAAAUACCUACAUAAUGUUAUAUUGCAAUUUUUAUUUAUGAUCAUAUGUUACAAAUUUACAAUUAUGUAUUCCUAUUCUACCUUAAGGCUCUUCGUCGAUGUCAGUAACAUAAGCAAUUUAUUUUUUCAUUGCAAAUAAAAGUAUGUAUUAACUAUUAGCACAGGUAA